AUGGUCCAGAUCAGCGAAGUUAAAGGCAACUCGCGCGAGAACAGGACUGCCGCGCACACGCACAUCAAGGGCCUUGGUCUGCGUUCCGACGGCACAUCAGAGGUGUCCGGCGAUGGCUUUGUCGGGCAAGCUGCCGCCCGAGAGGCAUGCGGUGUUGUUGUCGAUUUGAUCAAGGCGAAGAAGAUGGCCGGUCGGGCUGUUCUGCUGGCUGGUGGUCCAGGCACCGGAAAGACCGCGCUCGCUCUUGCAGUGUCACAAGAACUGGGAACUAAGGUGCCUUUCUGCCCGAUCGUCGGCAGCGAGAUCUACUCCGCAGAGGUCAAGAAGACAGAGGCAUUGAUGGAAAACUUCAGACGGGCCAUUGGCCUUCGAGUUCGGGAAACAAAGGAGGUGUACGAGGGUGAGGUGACAGAACUGACCCCCGAGGAGACCGAGAACCCCCUGGGUGGCUACGGACGUACGAUCAGCCAUCUGAUUAUUGGACUGAAGUCGGCCAAGGGUACCAAGAAGCUUCGCCUCGACCCUAGCAUCUAUGAAGCCAUCCAGAAGGAGCGUGUGACAGUCGGAGAUGUCAUCUACAUUGAAGCCAACACUGGCGCUUGCAAGCGUGUCGGACGGUCCGAUGCCUACGCGACCGAGUUUGACCUGGAGGCGGAGGAGUACGUACCCGUUCCUAAGGGUGAGGUGCACAAGAAGAAGGAGAUCGUCCAAGACGUGACACUACACGACCUCGACAUGGCCAACGCCCGGCCACAGGGUGGACAGGAUGUGAUGAGCAUGAUGGGCCAGCUGAUGAAGCCCAAGAAGACUGAGAUUACGGAGAAGCUGCGCCAAGAGAUCAACAAGGUGGUCAACCGGUACAUCGACCAGGGCGUCGCGGAGCUUGUUCCUGGUGUGCUCUUCAUCGACGAGGUCCACAUGCUGGACAUUGAGUGCUUCACAUAUCUGAACCGCGCGCUCGAAUCCACCAUCUCUCCGAUCGUCAUCCUUGCCUCCAACCGCGGCAACACCGUCAUUCGCGGAACUGACGAUAUCUCCGCCGCCCACGGCAUCCCGCCCGACUUGCUGGCUCGUCUUCUUAUCGUCCCCACCACCCCUUACUCGCCCGAUGAGAUUAAGACUAUCAUCCGACUCCGUGCAAAGACAGAGGGUCUCAACAUCACCGAGCCCGCUCUGGAUAAGGUCGCUGAGCACGGUAGCAAGGUCAGCCUGCGGUACGCCUUGCAGUUGCUGACUCCGGCGAGCAUCCUUGCUCGCAUCAACGGCGCCCCCGGCGGUAUCGAGGUGGCCGAUGUUGCUGAAUGCGAAGACCUGUUCCUGGAUGCCAAACGAAGUGCCUUGAUUCUCAACCAGGAUAGCAGCCAGUUCCUCCUGUAG